AUGUCCUUGAGGCAUUUGUUGCAUUGCGUGUUCUUUGACAGCCUGUCAGAAAUUAAUAUCAUUGCAUGCCCCUGUUUUCCUGCCCCUCUCCAGCUCCUUUGUCAUGGGCUGUUCCCAUGUGCUCCUGUUGCUCCCUCACUCACAGUGGACUUAUGUGUUCUAGAGUUUGUCCACCUUCUUUUCAUUCAUCAGUCCCCCAACCAUACUGCAUGGUGCAAUGCAGUGGAGAUGUUUCUAGAUGGAAUGGGAUACAAGUUGACAUUGAUGCAUAGCCUGUGCCAUCGCUUCUCCAAUGCAUUUUACUGGUACCGGUUGAAACAACCUACUGAAUACCUUCGUUCACACUGCCCACUUUGCUUUGGGACAAAUGAUUGGCAAAAGGUGAAAGAUUCUUCUAUGGUGCUGCAUACUCAGUUGAUCACACUCAGGCCAGAUAUUAUCAUUUGCAUAGAUGCAUGCUUUACUCAAAAGCACUCCACCAACCCUUGUGGUGCUGAUGGUCAUGACCCUCCCAACCUGACACCAUCCUUUUUUCUACCAAAGGAUGACAUGCAAGCAAUGGAUGAGUUUGUGCAGUGCUGUCAAGGAGAAAGACGUUGGGAGAGGGUCUCAAGGAUGGAGCCAGAAGAGGAUCGCUAUGAAAUGGGGACGAGUGUGCCAGUAUCAGUCCUGGAUGGAUGCAGAGAAUCUUUCAUGGCUGCAGACGAGAAACAGGAGAAGGCAAGCACUUGUUUUUUUACUGAUACAGGCCUUAUGGCACUGCUUUGUAGACAUGAUCGUGUUCUCUGGAUUGUGAACCUCACAUUGGCAGGGGAGAAACAACAUUACUCACUCGCUCUAUUGGACCAUCUGUUCAAGCAUCUACCCCCUCAAAUGACCGUCGGGCUUCUGUAUGACAUCAGAUGCCAACUUGAAUGGAGCUGUCGCAAAUGGAGUCUUCUGGAUGAAUCUAUUUUAUCACGAAUCACCUUUGCAGUUGCCGUAUUCCACACUUACAGUCACCAGUGGCCUUGUCAAGUUAUCUACCAUCCCAGGAAAUGCGAAGGUUUUGGACUGUCUGACAGCGAGGGAUUGCUGCAAGGAUUUGGCCAUUGGCUUCAUCGGUGUUGGAUUCACUGCCAGACCAAGAAGAAUGCAGCUCUGGACAAUUUACAAGACUUGGACCUCGACAAGGAUAUACUUCGUGCAGAGUGGAAGGCUCAGAUUGCGCACCAGACAAGACCCACUCCACAUGAGAGGAUACCUACCUGUCAAUCCAGGAACAAGGCAGCUGAGGUCAUUACCACUCUUCUUGCAUUGGAGAAGACUUUAGAUGCACACAAUGCUUCUGUCUGUGAACUGGAGGCGCAGUUACAUGGUGGUCAUGUUGACGACAUGGUCGAGCUCAAUCUGCAGCUGAUUGAUGCUCAUUUAUCUGCACUUGGAGCUGUGAAAACUCACAUUCAGGACUGUCUUUGUCAAUGGAAGUUCGAAUUGGAGAGACUCAAGAGGUCAUACAGAGCAUCUAUCAAUGCCAAAAAACUUCACAUGAAUACACAACACUCCAUCAAACGUCGCAAACCUGGCAUUCUCAAGUUAGUCUCGACUUACAAUGGCUUAGCGCCACCUUUUGCUAUCCCCCCUCACUCCAUUCCAUGUGAUGGCAUCUUCCAACUUGACAUCGAUGACAAUAUCUGGCAAGACAUUGGACUUGACGAUGCCACUGUCAACCCUCCAGCGUGGUUAUCAGAUGAGGCCAUCAGAAACAGUAUCCAGUUGCAACUUGAAGUAGAUUGUUGCUUUGAGGAGGAGGCUCGACUGAUGCGCAAGUGGUCUGUUAUGCAGGAGUGGAUGUUGAUGGAGUGGGAGGUGGAGGAUGUUGUGUUGACUUUCCACCUCACAUCACGCACAGAUGAGCUUGCUAACAUCUGUGUUGUUUGGAGAAGAAAAGUUCAGUGUAUUCCAUGUGCCUGGUCAGUUGUGGAUAGCUGGGGACCUUCAGAUGAAGUCUUGCUUCGGGCCACACAUGAACAGGCGCAGCCAUCUUUUCGGGACAAGGAUGACCAGAGUGUAGGGCCUGUGGAAGAGGAUAAUGAGGGUGAUUCGGAUUGUGGUGAGAUUGGAGAUGAUGAACUGAUGGAUGCAAUUGAAGACAUUGCAUUGGUGGAUGAGUAUAGGUAUGAUAUAGACCCUGAUGAUGACCCAGAUGACAUUGAAGAUGAUUUUAUGCCAUCAUCCCCUGCAAGAUGUCCUAUGAGAUAG